AGCAGAAGGAGCCCCACCGUCUUCCAGAGGAAUCUCUGCCCCAGAGGGGUGAUGUGCCCCCGGCCCCUCCCGCUGCUACCCCGGGACUGGGGGCGCCCGGGCUCCGCGAGGUGCCCACUCCGCGCCCAAACAGCCUCUGCACUGUUCCUGCAGGCAGCGGGUGCCAGGCAAGCCGCGCCCAGGUGCCCAGAGUGCCAGGGUCGCCUCGGAUGACUCCCGGGACUGCCUCGGGCUGGAGGACUGCUCACCGGGCCCGCCCCGCCGCCCCGCCCCGCCCGGCCCUGCAGUCUCUGGCCCCGGCGCCCUCCCGGCUCGCAGCCGCUCCUGGCUCCACGCGCCGGCCGCAGCCAUGGGUCCCCGCGCCGAGUCCUCACCCAGGUGGCGGCUGCUCCCGCUCAGCCCGCCGCCGCUGCUGCUGCUGCUGCUGUGGCCCAAAGCUGGCGCCUGGGAGCUCACGAUCCUGCACACCAACGACGUGCACAGCCGGCUGGAGCAGACCAGCGAGGACUCCACCAAGUGCUUGAACGCCAGCCUCUGCGUGGGCGGCGUGGCACGGCUCUUCACCAAGGUGCAGCAGAUCCGCCGCGAGGAAUCCAACGUGCUGCUGCUGGACGCCGGCGACCAGUACCAGGGCACCAUCUGGUUCACUGUGUACAAAGGCCUGGAGGUGGCACAUUUCAUGAACAUCCUGCCCUACGAUGCCAUGGCACUGGGGAACCAUGAAUUUGAUAACGGUGUGGAAGGACUGAUUGAUCCACUCCUCAGAAAUGCCAAAUUUCCAAUUCUGAGUGCAAACAUUAAAGCAAAGGGACCGCUGGCUCCUCAGAUAUCCGGACUUUAUAUGCCAUAUAAAAUUCUUUCUGUUGGUGGUGAAGUUGUGGGAAUUGUUGGAUAUACUUCAAAAGAAACCCCUUUUCUCUCAAAUCCAGGAACAAAUUUAGUCUUUGAAGAUGAAAUCACUGCAUUGCAACCUGAAGUAGAUAAACUAAAAACUCUAAAUGUGACCAAAAUCAUUGCCCUGGGACACUCUGGUUUUGAAAUGGAUAAGCUCAUCGCUCAGAAAGUGAAGGGUGUGGACGUUGUGGUGGGAGGACACUCCAAUACCUUUCUUUACACAGGUAACCCACCUUCCAAAGAGGUGCCUGUUGGGAAGUACCCCUUCAUAGUCACCUCUGAUGAUGGACAGAAGGUUCCUGUGGUUCAGGCCUAUGCUUUUGGCAAAUACCUAGGCUAUCUGAAAGUCGAAUUUGAUGACCAAGGAAACGUCAUCACUUCACAUGGAAAUCCCAUUCUUCUGAACAGCAGCAUUCUGGAAGAUCCCAGCAUCAAGGCAGAUAUUAAUCAAUGGAGGAUCAAAUUAGAUAAUUAUUCCACUCAGGAACUAGGGAGAACAAUUGUCUACCUGGAUGGGUCCACUCAAUCAUGCCGCUUUAGAGAAUGCAACAUGGGCAACUUGAUUUGUGAUGCUAUGAUUAACAACAACCUCAGACACCCAGAUGAAAUGUUCUGGAACCAUGUGUCCAUGUGCAUUUUAAAUGGAGGUGGCAUCCGAUCGCCCAUUGAGGAGAAGAACAAUGGCACAGUCACCUGGGAGAACCUGGCUGCUGUGUUGCCCUUCGGAGGCACUUUUGACCUGGUCCAGUUAAAGGGCUCCACUCUGAAGAAGGCUUUUGAGCAUAGUGUACAUCGGUAUGGCCAGUCCACAGGGGAGUUCCUGCAGGUGGGCGGAAUCCAUGUGGUAUAUGAUCUUUCCCGCAAACCUUGGGACAGAGUGGUCCAAUUAGAUGUUCUUUGCACUAAGUGUCGAGUACCCAGUUAUGAGCCUCUCAGAAUGGAUGAAGUGUAUAAAGUGGCCCUCCCAAGCUACCUGGCCAGUGGUGGAGAUGGAUUCCAAAUGAUAAAAGAUGAAUUAUUAAAACAUGACUCUGGUGACCAAGAUAUCAGCGUGGUUUCUCAGUACAUCUUAAAAAUGAAAGUAAUUUACCCAGCAGUUGAAGGUCGGAUCAAGUUUUCUGCAGGAAGUCAUUACCAAGGAAGCGUUCCUUUAAUAAUCCUUUCAUUUUUGGCAGUGAUCCUUAUUUUGUACCAAUAGCAGAAAAAUCUCCUUGCUACUGAUGUGAAACUCCAUUUUUCUUCCAGUGAUACUCAGAUCUGCCUUUUGGGACCUGGCUUUGUGAUGGUGCUAACCAUCCUCAAGGCUCCUAGAAGCCAAUGCACAGAGUGCUGUGCAAGGAAGAGACUACCCUCAUCUCCUAGAGCCAGCAUCUUAGGGACCAGAUAGAAAACCAAAUUUAACAGAGAGGGUCCUUUGAAAGGAAAGUCAACUAGCUGUAGUUUACAUAUUCAAAUUGUGACAAAUUUUAUCAACUUUGAACCACAAAAUUAUUUUUUUCUAUCUAUUUCUAAUCCAUCAAACAACUUACAUUUUCAUAAAACCUUAUCACUGACAGGCAUGGUAGCACAUACCUGUAGUUAUAGCACUUGGCGGGCAGAGGCAGAAUGGCUGCAAGUUUGAGAUCAGUCAGCUAGACAGUGAGAUUCUUACAACAAACAACAAAAACCCUAUCAUUUACAAGGAGAUUUUGGUAGGUAAGACAAGUGUUGUUUCCACAUUUGACAAAUAAGGACACAAGUUCAGAAAGGGUUGGCUUGCCCAAGGUCAUACAGCCAAAAAUGUCAUAUAAGACAUGUACCAUGUCCUUUAACCUCUAGUCCAAUACUCUCUACUAUAUAAAGUCGUCUCUCUUCCUGCCAACGGCCACAAGCUCAUGGAUGACACAUCUCUGGUUUAUUUCUGCUCUACAUAUUUUCCUUUUGGACUCCUGUUUAAGAUCAAGUUUAAGAGAAUAAGCACAGGACAGUAUUCUGCCUCACAUCACUAUGUGCCUUUGAUGAGUAAGUGGACAAACUGAAGCAAAUAAGAAAGUCCAGGGGCUACAAAAGAUAGUCAAGGGGCAGGGAAAAAGGGAAAGGAAGACAUGAACAGGACUUGUUUACAUUCCAUAAGAACAAGUGUGAAUGGGCAUUUAGAUAGUUACACAUCGUUUGCUAAGGAGAAGAGCACAGUGCAAAUGCAGAGCAUUGGUUCUCAUUAAUGCUAUGAGCCCAUAAGUGCUGCCUCUGUGUUCUCCUUCCUUCUUCCUCACAUAAAGGUGCCACAAGAGAACUUUCUAAAAUAAACCGUAAUCUUAAACUUGCACCUGUCCUCCCAAGAUGCUAACAGAGCACUUACUCUAGUCAUACCACGCACAUUAUGGAAAACCCAGAGUUCUGGAAGCAAGAGGGAUUUUAAGAAGUGGUGUAUAUAAAUCUUUGGUCACUGAGCUCAAAACUCAAGCAACCACUGUAAGGCAUGCUCAAGUCCAGCUAUAAGCAUACCAGCAGGUAGUGAACCCCUGAGGGAGUGCCCAAGAAAUAGAUUGCUAAAAUAACUUAUGCCAGUAGAACAAACACUUGAUUAAGAUGGUCAGGGACAAGAUAACCAUGGUCAGCACUGCCUCAAUAAUCAACAAGAAAUGGGAGCCUUCCCCUUAAUAAUCAGAUCAAACAGCAGCUAGAGGCUUGAAGAGGGAACAUGUUUACUUCCUAGUGUUUACAAAUACUAAGUACUCUUGACACAAAACAUUUCAAACUUCAUAACCAUUUUAUAAGGUUGCAGGAGAAUGUCUUUAGUUCGAUGCAUAUACAGAUUAGCUAUGAACAAAAAACGUCAAUAAGAAUGUAUUAAAAAAAGAGAAACAAUGCAAUUAGGGUAUAUUUUUAUGCUUGGCCAGUAAACUAGGAGAAAUCUUAUUAGAACAUAAUUUUUAAAAGAAAAUUUUUGUGGGAGGCUAUGGGAGGGUGUUUCUGGGAAGUGGGUGUAAAAUAAAUAAAUUAAAAAUAUAUAUCUGUACAUAUCUGAGACAUUAGCCAAAUCUAAUGGGGGCAAUUUAAGAUGGACUACAGUACAUGCUCGUGUGGGAGAAUAGGAAGCCUCUCUGUGUGGGGAAGUUAUGACAUGACCUACUCAGUGCUCAUUGCUAAUGACUACCAGGUCUUUGUCCCUGACACUGUUGGGUUGUGGUCGAGAUAAGAAUUCUGAAGCCAGCUUGCUUCCACCAUUUACCAACCGAAUUAUUUACUUCUCCGAACCUCUGUGUCUCCAUCUGAAGAUAGGGAGAGAUUAGAGUCCAUCUACUGCAGAGAUAAUUAAGUGGAAUAAUGCGUGGGUUGGCACCUACUGAUGCAGAAUACUCUAAGACAGUGCCUGUCCUGUCCUUAAGCAAGGCACAGCCUAGCAGGAGAGACUGACACAUGAGCCUCUGGGUGCCAUUCACUGGGCUGAGUCUUUGCUCAAGACAUUCUAGAGUAGGGACUGGCAAACUACAGCCACUAGGCAAGUCAACCCACUACCUGUUUUUGUAAAUAAAGUUUUAUUGGCAAAAAAAGAGAAAGUUUUUGUAAUUUUUGAGUGUGUGUGUGUUGCUGUGGUAAUGAGAAAUAACCUAAGACACUACUUUGUAACUGUAAAUUCCAAACAAUAAAAUGGAAGAUGUCCUUGGUC